CAAUUCGUCGGAGGUCCUGGAAAACUCUCCAUUCCCUCUCUUAUCCCUUUUCGUUUUCCUUGCCGCCCGCAUGGCGGCAGUAACGAUGGCCGCCUCCUCCCUUACCCUUCUUCUCGUCCGCUGCCCUAAUCCACAGCCCUCUCCCUCCCUCCUCCGCUUUUCUUCACCCUUCUCCUGCUUUCUCCCCUCCUCUGCCUCCAUCUUUUCGUCCCACUUCCACGCUCCUCUCUCUGCUUUCCCUCUCACCUCCUCCGGAAGUAAAAGGACCCGAACGGUCCACGCCAUCGCAGAAGAAGAGGAGAGAACUGCGACAAUUGAAGACAGAGUAGAGGAUGGAGGCGAGGUCGGGGUCUCCCAUGAGGCAAGAGCUCGGUUACGGCCCUGCGAGCUGUACGUCUGCAAUUUGCCUAGAAGCUGCGACGUUUCCCAGCUCUUGGAUCUCUUCAAGCCUUAUGGAAUCCUGCAUUCCGUCGAGAUUUCACGGGAUUCUGAGACAGGUAUUAGCAGAGGGUGUGGUUAUAUUACAAUGAGCUCUAUUAAAGAAGCGAAAGCAGCAAUUGCUUCCCUGGAUGGAUCUGAUCUGGGUGGACGUGAAUUGCGUGUUAAAUUUUCAGCUGAUAUGGUUACUGGUAGGAAAAAUGCUGAAGCACUGAAUACAGCACCUAAAAAGGAUAUCGUCUUUGAAAGCCCACAUAAAGUCUAUGUGGGUAAUCUUGCAUGGUCUGUAAGACCUGAAGAUCUAAGGGAGCACUUCAGCCAAUUUGGAACUGUUGUAAGUACGAGGGUUCUGUAUGACCGCAAAGGAGGGAAAACUCGUGUUUAUGGAUUUCUUUCGUUUUCUUCUGCUGAUGAACUCAAGGCUGCAAUGGAGACAAGUGGAUCGGUAUUUCACGGACGAACGUUAUUGGUCAGGGAAGUUAUCAAUAGGGAAGAACAAUGAUGUCAAGGAUUUGAUUGAUAUAAUAUUGAAGAAAUUUUUCCUUUUAAGUUCGUUUAAGGACCAGUGUUAUGCUGCCACAUUCUCCUAUUAAAGAGCUUGAUGUUGUGAGAGAAGGUACCAUCCUCACAAAAGGCACCCUUUUCUAAUCAUUUCAUAUUCAUGAUUUCGUCAUUUUAUGUAAGGCUAAACAUAACUUGGUACUUUUCUAGGUGGUAAUAUUUCUUGUAUUGCAUAUUUCCAUCCUGAAACACAUUGAUUAUAGUUGAAGCAAGGUUUGAAAUACCAA